CUGUUAUAGGUUUGACAUUAUCAAUAUAUCUAUUGGAAUCUAUCUAUCUAUCUCACACACAAUUAUAAUUUUCAUUGGACUUUGAAACAUAUGAAUUUAUUCAUUAUUUAACACACUUUCUAUCUCAUGUUUAUUCAAGAGCAGAUUAAAGUGAAUUAUUGAAAUCUGAACAGUACAGGUUAAAAUCGUUCUAGGUUUUACUCUCUCACACCCCCCCAAACAUGUUAAGCUUUGAAAGGAUGACAUGAAUGACUUUAUUAAGGCAUAAAUACAGCAUGGCCAUGUGUUUUUCAGAUUGUUUGGUAACAGGCUGAUGUAAUUAAAGUUCUGUUGCUCUGAGUCAUGAAGAGUGUUUUUUUUCUAGCAUGCAAGGUGUGGGGAAUUAGAUUUUUUUUCAUUCAAACAAAUCUUUCCUCCCUCUGUUGUAGUGUCUUUGUUGUUGUUUCGUGAGUCAAGUGAUAAAAAUGUGUAGAUAAGAUUUCAUAAUGAACAUAAUUUUGGCAAAUAUUAAAAGUAGGGUAGGUAAUUUUCAGAGAGGCUAGCAAAAGAGUUAGCUUUGAAAGCAUAAGAUCCCCACCUCCCUUCAGAGCGUCUCCAAAGCCACGCCUCCUCCAAAACACAUGAACACGUACAGUAGGGAGCAAACAAAAAUGUCACGAGAGCAGGCGUUAAACUACCGUAUGUCUCAAAGCACAUAACAUUACAAUAAUAAUGAACAUAAACAACUUAAAGAGCACUGACCUGCACCUGACUGCUGCAGAUUCAUUUCGGCGUUGAUAGAGUUGCCAUUGAAACACAUAAAAUUGAGGCACAAACCGCACAGAGUAAAAAAGGAUUCCAUUCUUUCCAAAUUACACUAGUUAUGCCGUGAACGCAGAAUACACUCAUUGUUUUGGUUCAGGAGGAACUAUAAAAAAGAUGGCUGCUUUGGUUGCGGUGCUCGGUGACUGACGCCUGUCUAACUGCAUAACAUGAAACUCAAUGAUGACUCUUGUUGUCUGUGCGAACAGGUGCUUGAGGAGACUUUAAACCAGCAUAAAAAAUUUUUUUUGAAGCAAAUCACCUACCCUGCCUUUAAGGGAGGAUUACUUCUUAAAAAACAGAAUUGCUCCUUGCUCGAUUGUAGAGCUGAGGGGUCGGUUAAGCUCCUCCAUUAGACAUAAGUGACCCCCAUAAAGAAAAAAAAGAAAAAAGAUUUAGUAAUGUUUUAUUGUAGUAGUGUCUGUCAUCAGAUAAUAAUGACAAACAAUUUACUUUAAGCAGUCAGCACGACUGCAAAUUAAAUGUUGAUAAUAAUUGAGAUGUCUUAUUGUGUUUCAGUCUACUUGUGAAAAAAUUAAGCCGUUAUUUUUUUGCUAAUAUUUCUCUUUGUCAGAGUUCUGAAAUGAACAAAAAAGUCAGUGGAAAUGGAUAAAAACAGAUGGCAGGUGAAAUUUUGAAAGAAUCAGUAAAUAAUUAAUGUCCUAACAUGUUGAUCACUGUUGUAGCCCUGAGGAUACAGUAGAACUGCAUUAAGAGAAGCGUUAAUAGGCGCCUGUGUGGACAUGCUGUGUGCGUUUCUUUAUAGCGUAGGUAAAAGGUGGAGCCUUUCUGAAAACCUGCAGUACUAGCACUUGAUCUUGAAUUACUUAGCUAAAGGUUACCGGGCAAGUUGUGCCAUGUGUUUACUGUAGUUUUCAGUUGUACAGCUGACACAUGCUCUCCAGAAUCUCGAUGCAGGAGUCUUGCACUGAUUUGCUGUACUGCAAGAUGAGGCUGGUUUAUAAAUCAUUUCUACCAUUGCACUCUCCAACAUGCAACAACUGAUUGUGAUACAGGAAAUUCCGGGAUAGUAAAUCUGAUGACAUCAGCAUGGACAACAAAAAGAAGUUGCCUCGUUUUGUCGGGGUUGAACACCCAUCUGAAAGGUCUCAUAGGAAGAAACAUGGAUCACAAGUGGAGCAGGAACAAAUUCAGAAGAGAACCUUCACCAACUGGAUCAAUGCCCAGCUGUCUAAGAGGAGUCCUCCAGUUACUGUGCUGGAUCUUUUCAAUGAAUUUAGAGAUGGAAGCAGACUAUUGGACCUGCUGGAGGUGAUGAGUGGUCAGAGAAUGAGCCGGGAGAAAGGAAGGGGGACAUUUCAGCACAGAACAAACAUUGAGAAAGCUCUAGCGUUCCUUAAGAAGAAAUCGAUCAAACUAGUGAACAUCAAUGUCUCGGACAUCAUGGACGGCAAGCCUUCCAUUAUUCUGGGUCUGGUCUGGACCAUCAUCAUGCACUUUCAUAUCGAAGAGUUGGCCAGCACAUUGUCCUUUAGUUCUCGUCAGUCGUCUCUGGAGUCUCUGGCGAGUUUGGACACUCGUUCGACCAGCAGCAGUGCCCGCAGCAGUCCAGUGCCACCCCGUGGUUCACCCCUGCACGCACGUUUCCGUGUAUCUGCCAAGAAAGCCCUGCUGCUGUGGGUCAGAGAGCAGUGCCAGAGGGCUGGUUGUACCCUGAAUGUGAAGGAUUUUAAGGUGAGCUGGAGGAGUGGCGUAGUGUUUUUGGCGAUACUUCAUGCUCUAAGGCCGAAUGUAGUGGACCUAACCAGAGCCCGAACAAGAACGAACAGACAGAACUUGGAGGAAGCCUUCCACAUUGCUGAAAGAGAACUUCACAUCCCCAGACUACUAGAUCCAGCCGAUGUUGAUGUUAGGGAUCCUGAUGAAAAGUCUAUUAUGACUUAUGUUGCUCAGUUUCUGCAGUACUCUAAAGAUACUUCUGUUUCUGAUGAAGAAAUGCAGUAUCUCACUCCUCCUCAGCGUCUCUCUCCUGUCAAUCUGCCAUCAGACUUUACACCUUCUAUAACUGCUUCACCUUUAAGACAGACCUCAGCCAAUCAGAAGGCUCAGGAGGUCACAUGCUGGUUGGAACAGGCCUAUCAGGAGCUGAUAGAGGGAUGGGACUCCACAGAGGGAGAAAGCUAUGCUGAAAGAUACCAAGUCUUCCACACCUUCAUUGUGUCCUUUAACGAGCAGCGGCGGCCCGUAAUGCCGUUACUAACAGCGAUGAAGAGGACACCUCAGCUCAGUGUAGAGCAGAAAGGCCUCAGACGAGCAUGGGACACUCUUGCUGAGAAGCUGCGUGAGUAUAAAACAGAACUGGAUAUGAGUCUCCCAUCUCCACUGGACAUCGUGGGCCGUUGGUUGUUGCGUAUUGAAGAGGUUUUAUCUGCCGAAGAGGGCGAGCCAAUGGAUCACGCCCGAGCUGCGGAGGAGGCCCGUGAGAAACUUGAGCUACUAAAGGUGUGUUUGGAGGAGAUGCCACAUCAUCUCAAGAGGUUUAAUAUGUUUCAAAACACAAAUGAGUUUGGAGAGACUCUGGUGCCGACAGACAAGAUGGAAGAAAUGAAGAGAAGGUUCACCAGUGUCCGUGUAACAGCUAAAUAUCAUGGUAUUAAGCUGGAGUACCGUGAGCGCAGGCACACAGUGUUAGACCUGCUGAAUCAACUCAACAUUAAAUUGCGUUUUUGGAAAAGAGCCUACAUUUCCCAGGAGGCUGUUCGUGUGCUAAUGCAGGACUGGAAUGAGACUGUGAACAAACAGGACCUGACCUCUAUGCUGGAUGGAGCCCUCCACAGACUCAAACUAAUCGCCAACAAAUACACCAGCAAGGCUGCCUUGGCUGGAGACUCCACACAGGUAAAUCGCCAGGUGGCCGAUCUGGAAGCAGAUGUGACAGCAACUCUGGAAGGUGUUCGGAUGAUGAGGGGAACUAUGGGACGUGUGUUGGCAGCAUGGGACUCUUACAGUGAUAUCUAUACCUCAAUGCGCGCAUGGCUGGAGCAGGGGCCGCAUAGUCAGCGACACGGGCAGAGAACAGAGGUGACAUUAUCAGUGAUGUCAGAGUGGAGUUCUCGGCAAGCUCACCUGAACGAGGUCGCCAACUACCUAACUGAGGUCACAGACCCUCAGACUAGCCGCGCUAUUUCAGACGAACUCUGCAAGAUAAAUCUGCUCUGGGCUGACUUUGCCAAAACAGCCCAGUUUUCUUUAGCUGAGGAGCCCAGUGCUGGCCCAUCUAGUCCUCAGACAGUUCAGGCCCUGAUGAGGGAGGCUACUCAGUUACUGAAAGAACCUGUGGAGGUGGUUUCUGGAUCACUACGUACUUACACAAAGAGACUACAGCUUAUGAUGAAGAAAAUAAAGGAUGUGGAUCUAGAGGCCCUAUCCCCAUCUCUAGACUGCUCUCCAGAAACCCUGAGCAAACUUCAGCAGGCUAUUCCUGAAGUAUUGCAGACACUCUGUGAGGCUGAACAGGUGUGCGAUGAGCUGCGUGUGAGUGUGAGUGGGUUGGACGGGCGUCUAGCUGAACUGUUACACUGGGAGAUGGAAGCCAGAGAGUUGUAUCAGCUCCUGAAGGAGGAAACACACAGGCAGAAGAGAGGACAAGACCCUAGAGCCCGGCUGUUAAUUUCGAGAGGGCUACAGUUAGAGGGUCAAGUGGUUAUGGAGGAGCAGGAUCUGCAGGUGAUGGUCAUGACUGGUCAGAAGACUUCACCACUGCAGUAUCUCAUCGCAUCCACCAUGCAGGACAGGGUCCGCGCUGUUGUUGAAAAGUCACAGGAAGCCGUAGGCAUGCUUAGCUCUUUGGGGGCUUGCAGAGACAGAAGCCCUGUUAGAGACCAGCCCCCUUCCAAGAUUUUUGUCAAAUAUCAGGAGGCAGAGGAAGAGCCCCAAACCCAGAAGCCCUCUUUCCAGCCUAUCUCUCCUUCAGGAGCCCCUAGCCAAACAGAACCCCAGCCUGCAGUCAGAGCCAAAGUCCCAGUACCUUCUCAGAUACCUUCUGAGGUACCUUCUCAAGCUGUAGUGCUCAAGACCCAGCCAUGUAGUCAGCCUGUGCCUAUGAUUAUUGUACAAGAGUAUGAAGAGGAGGAAAGUAGUCCACAAGCACAAAUGCACCUCUGUGAGCAAGUGAAAGACUCUCAGUCUAUUGAAGUUAAGUCACAGAAUGUUGUCCAAGCUCAAACAAAAAUCGACAUGCUCAAAGAGCAUCAUGUAGAAAGCCAGACAUCUUUACCACAACCUGAGACACAAAAACAGACAGAAAACCAGUGGAAGAUGCAAGCUCCAGUAGCCAGCCAACCCUCACAGAACCUGCAACAAGCAGCAUCACAAGUUCAUAAUGAACAACAAUUAGCAACACAGCCACAGGUGCAGAUCCAACAACAAGAGAAAACUCAACUUGCAAAACAGCAGAAGGUUCAAGCACAAACGGCAAUUCAGUCACAGCCUCAGGGCCAAGUAGAAACACAAUCACAGAAAGAAGUUACAACCCAACAUCAAGCUCCAAAGCAGCGGAGGAAAGCAAAAAAAUCCCAGGCAAAUCUGCAGAACAGACCUUGGCUUCAACAGAGUUGUCAACUGGAAAAUGUUACCCAAAAACCAGCUCAGUUGGUGCCACAAUCUCAGUCAGAGCCAGAGGGCAAAGGUCAAAUAAGUCCUCAAGCACCACCACAGCAUAUAGUGGCUGUUAGCUCACCUGAAGCUCGGGGACCUGCUCAUGGCAUGGUAACAACACAGUCAAAAAGCAUUGUUGAGAGUGGUGAGAAAUGCCUGAAGCAAGCUCAACCUAUUGCACAAGAGAAACCCCUUAUAGUGACACAAAAACUACCUCAAACUGUGCCAGCAGUUGCAGCACAACCAGUGAUUCAAAAACAACCACAACAGCCAGUGAGUCCUCCGAUUCGUCAACAAGUAUUAACCCAACAUCAACCUCAGCCCUCUAUAUCAACUCAAACUCAAGCAACUACACAAUACUCACCUGCACCUGCACCCAUUCGGCAACAAAAGCAAUCUCAAGCACAGAUAUUGACACCACAGCAACCUCAAGUGAUGAUCCGGAAACAGUCACAACCUCAAUCCAUGACUCCCAUGCAACCACAGUGGCAGCCACAACAGACAAUUCCACAGUCUCAUCCUGCAGUGCUGCAACCACAAAGAUUUCCAGUGACCCAAGCAAUGCCCCAAGGCAUUUCCAGACCAGGGCAGCAGUACCCAACAUCUCCCAUUCAACCACAAGUAAAUAUGCAGAGACAACAGUCACCACACAGUGUAGUGCAGACCCAGCAACCCACACUGCACAAUCCAACUGUGAUUUCCCCUCAGCCCAAAGGUGCAUCCCCCAUACAACCCAGAAUCAUCUCUAUGCCUCAACCCCAGAUGCCUGUUCAGUCUCAAACCCAAACCCAAACCCAGGCCAAAGCACAGGGAAGUGCACCACUUAUGAUUCAACCUCGGGGGCAACCCCAGUGGUGUCAACCAGGAGAUGUCACCCAAUCUUACCCCAAAGUCCAAGGACCAAUUUCUGUCGCUGCCCAAAUGCAGCAUCUGGCCCAUUUCCAAACUCAUCCCCAACCUCAAAGUUUUCCUCCAGCUCAACCUAAGCAGUGGUCACCAGUAAGACCAGGCAUAGUGACCCAGACCUACCCCACUGUCCAAGUCCCAGGUCAGGUAGCCCAACCUCAACCUCAAAUGGCUGUUUACCCUAAAACCCAGCCACAACCACAGCCUCAGCAGUGGCCCCCUGCUAGACCAGAAUCACCUUGGGGUCAAUCACAGAUAAGACCCCAAGGUCCAGGUCAGCAUAUGGUUCCCUCCCAGCAAUGGAGACCUGUCAGUCCAGAAAGAGUCAGUCCAGUGUACCCAAAGGCUGAAACUCAAGGGCAGGGACCACAUCCUCAGUCCCAAUAUCAAGCCCUACCGAGGCCACAAAGCCCUCAACGGCAGUGGGGUCCAGUCCGGCCAGAACAUCAGUUUCAAGUCUCUUCCCAAUCUAUGUUUCAUGGCGUUCUCCAGCCAGUAGCUCCAUGGAAUCAACCACCUGUUCAAGCUCCCAUAAGAUCUCAGAGUCCACAGCAGCCUCAGCAAAGUCAGCAACAAUGGGGUUCAUCCAGGACAGAGGCCCCAUCUGAAACCCUCACCCAAAGCCAAGCUGCUCAGGCAGAGCUUCAGGCCCAAGAUCUGACAAAGCCUCAGUUACCAGUACAGGAACCGCCCCAACAGCAGUCAGCUCCUCGGGUUAAGCAGCCAGCACUUGCCCAGGCUCCCUCUCAAGCCUACACUGAGGCUUAUAUGAAGGCACAGGCCCUGGUCAGGAAUAGAUUUGAGGAAGUCAAGCACUGCAUUCAAGAGCACAUUCUCGAAGCUAUCAAUGUAUUCAAGGAUAAGCGAAUGACAGACGAACAGGCAUCAGUUAAGGAGGAGACGCUCCGGACUCUAGACCCUGAACUCCUUGAAGAGUUCUUGAGGGCUGCGGAAGGGAUGGAAGCUUUCUGCACCCCAUCUGAACUUAGAGACAUGGAGUUUUUCAAGCAAUCUGUUAGAACACAGUGGAAGGCUGUUCGUGUGCAAAUGUCAGAAUUUUUGAGGCAGCUCAGAUUUGAGUUAACCCGCCUGCAUUUUAACCGUAUGGUUGAGAAAUGUGAGAUGCACUUUAAGAGGGAAAAACUCAACCUUAGGCCUGAAUCAAUAUCGGAAUCAAAAGGAGAGGCUUGUUUUUCAGCAGAGGGCAGUCUGGCAGAAGCAGGGCAGCAGCUUGAAGCUCUGAAGGAGCUGUGUGAUACUCUGAGCCCUGAGGACGCACACAGGCUCGCACAAGCCCAACUCAGAGAAUGUGAAAGACGGCUUGCUGCCAUCCAGCGGCAGUUUAGUGGAGACAGAGACACACCUCCUCCAGACACUGGCUCACAAACAGAGCAAACAAAAGAGCCACCCACUCAGAAAGCACCUACAGUCUCUGCUGAGAAGCCCAAAGAAGUUAUUAUUUCAGAGGCUGUUACACCGGUUAGCCCCCAACGAACAAGAACUGUGGAAAAGAGAGAGAUAGUGAAACAAACGAGUACAGAAGAAGACAGGUACCGCAGCUCCAGAUUUGCAUUACAAGCUCAGCUAAACAGAAAUGAGCAAUGCAUGUUAGGAGAUCGUCCCUCAGAAUCAGUCACUCCUACAGACCUGCAGAAACGACUGAGAGAAUUAAAGUCUCUUUGGGAUGAGACAGAGACUUUGUGGAAGGAGUAUGAAACACUGUGUAUGCAAUGUGUUCAGUACAACGAACGAUCUGUUGAGCUGGACCGUAUGGAGCUCACUGUCAGAUGGAGAGAGCAGAGGUCACAGUUACAGGGCAGGGUGGAUUCACUGGGAGCAGCACUUGAGCUCAUGGACUCAAUUACGCUGAAGAUCUCUGAGAUUUCUGAAAGGCUGGAAAAGUUCAUCAAAGAGCCCAAAGACAUUAAAGGCUAUACACUAGCUAACCCUGCUAUUUUGAAAGAUGUGAAGGACUUAGAUGAAAGUAUCCAGACAGAGAUGGAUCGUCUGUCUCGAUUCGAUUCUGAACCCAGUCAUCUGGACCUGCGAGACCGAUCACCUCUGACUCAGGUGGUUCUGAACCACAGAUCCAGUCUGGACCGGCUCAGGCAACAGGUGCGCAAGAGCGACGCUGCUGCCCGUGCCCUCGACCGCUUUCUCAUGUCCCUGCGCACCGUGGAGCUCGAUGUCUCUUCUGUGCAGAGCGCCCCUAGCAAUGAUCCUGUGGUACUGCAGGACAGCAGGUCUAAGCUGGCACUAAUCAGGAAGGGAGUAAGUAGCCUUAAGGAUAAGGCUCCACAGCUGGACCAGCUUUUGGGCGGAGCACAGCUCGAGGUGACCCAGGAAGGGAGCCCUGUUUCCUGUCUGGAUAUGGUGGGGGUCCUGGUUCACAGGGUGGAAGAGGCAGAUGAUCGCCUGAUGAUUCGACAGAAUGAGCUCCAGAAGGAACAGCAGAACCAGGGACACGGCCUAAGGAGGAAGACUAUGCAGGCUGAGCUGAGGAAGGUGCAGGUGGCAGCAGAAAAACAGGGUCUAAAGGAUCCCACCAUGCCAGCUGUACAGCACCGGAUUCGAGCGCUGUCUGAUCUGGAAUCGCAGUUGAACUCUCUUCGCCCUGAAUACCAAAGCAUCAAGAAGGCUCUGUCUGAAGUCUCUCCACAGAAAGAGCACCCUGAUCCAGCAGAGGAAGAGCUAGACUUCCUUUGGGAAGAGACUGAGAGAGCUGUAUCUGACAGACAAGAACAGUGCACUGUUCUUAUGGACCUGCUGAAGAAGUUUCAGAACUGUCGCAGUUACCUGAGCAACACUCUCCAGAGGGCGGAGCAAACAAUCAAUGAGCAGGCAUCAUACAUGGGCAAAGACAACCUGCAACGCCUCCUAGCAAAAGUUGUUGGCAUAAAGGAGGACCUAAAUGGCCUCGGACCCAAGAUGGAAGAGUUCAGAUCUGUGUGCAGACAGCUGCAGACUCAGCUGAAGAAAAUUCCUGAUUUCUCAGAAACUCCGUUUGAGACAGAGGCAGAUGCUUUGGUGGACUCAUGGCUGGAUGUGUCAGAGAAGACGGACAGUUACAUGGAUAACCUGCGUGUGGGUCUAGAGUUGUGGGAGAAACAGCUGGUUCUGGGUGGAGAAGUGGACAGCUGGACUUCAACUAAACUUAUCAUCUUCUCAGAGUCUCACCCUUUCAGCAGUGAGACAGAGGUUCUCAGCAUGAAGAAUGAGAUUCAGCAUCAGGAGGACAACCUUGAACACUUCCACAAGAAGUUACUGGAGAUUCAGGAACUGCUGCAGAGCAAAGAAUCCCCACUUGAGUUACAGGUAAUGGAAACAAACCUGAGGAAGAAAAUGGAGCAGGUGAAAGAACUCUUCUCCGAUUGCACUGACGUAUUCCAGGAGCUCCUCACAGUAAAAGCUCAUUUGACUGAAAAGAUUGACACUUAUCAAUCAUCCGUGAAGAAUAUACGCUCCUCAGUAGAUAUGAUCAGUUCAGAGGAUCGCACACAGCUGGAUGCGCAUUUACAGGACUUGUGUGAGCAGCUUUUGGACCAGGAGGAGCAGGCUGAAUCAUUGCUGAAGGAAAUCAAUCUCAUGUCCAGCAUUACCGGACCACAGGCCUUGGAGGAGCUGACCAAUCACAUCAAGCGUCUCAAAGACAGCAUUGUGGAAACACGAGAGCUGAUUCGUCAAAAGAAGGAACAGGGGGAGAAAAGCUUCCUUCAGACUAUUAAAGAAGAGUUCCAGUCAUUUGAGGAAUGGUUGCAGGAUGAGCAGCUCUCUGUGAAUGAGUGUUUUGAGAACCCUGAGAGGAAGCAGGAUGUAGAAAUGUCGAUGCAGAGACUGACAAGUUUCCUGGCCUCUAAAGAAGGAGAACAGCGUCUGGCCCAGUUGAAGGAGAGAUUUGAGGGAGGUGGACAGGCGAAGAUUCCUUCUGAGGCUCAAGCUUUGCUCUCCACAUGGCAUCAGGAACAGGAAGGAGAACUGGCCACACUCAGAGCUCACUGCCAGGGACGCCAUAAACAGCUAGAUGACAUCCUCCAAAACCUCAACAGUUUGCAAGAGGAACAUAACCAUUUGAAGGACUGGCUUCAGCACAGAGAGCAAGUGCCAGAACAGAGAGAAAAACUUCGACAAAUCCAAGAGGAGUUUCUUAAAGAAAGUGGUCGUAUGGAGGCAUUCAAUGACCUGUUAUCCACUGUAAGGAUGCGUGGCCUGAGGGGAGACCCUUUCCUUAGAGACAGCGAGACCCUGAUAGACCGGUACCACAGCCUGGGGAUUCUUUUGGAGAAUCAGGCCCAAGUCCACAAGAUCCUCGAUGAACAAACUGAAACAUUCCAAACCAAUGCAGAGCAGAUCAGAGCCUGGAUCAGAGAUUUAAAGCAAGGACUUGAGUGCAUAGGCACAGACACACCAAGCCAAAAGAAACAUAUGAAUGCUCAGGCUGUUCUGAAUCUAAGUGCUGAAGGUGAUUCUAAACUGGUGGCUCUGAAAGAAGAGGGAGAUGCUUUGUGUGCUCAUGAGAUUUUGGAGGACACCAGAAGACAGGAGCUCAUUCACACCUUUAGAAACAUUGAAGAUGAGUGGAAAAGGGUUCUGGAUAUAGCUCAACAACUAAAACAUCAGGCAGAACUCCAAGACACACUCUCCAGGGAACUAAAAUAUCUACAGGCCCAGGAAGAAAGCACCCAAUCCUGGGUAAGAGAACAACUGCAAAUGCUACACUGUCUGGGGAAGGAACAUGAGCCACAAGAAAAACUAAUCAAAGUACAGGCUGUCUUAGACCUUGCUGAUGAAGCAGAUUCCAGAUUGACCAGUUUACAGAGACAAGGAAAAAAUGUAUGUUCUUAUAAAGAGCUUGACAAUGAGAGGAGGAGCCACAUUGACCAAACCCAGAGAUUGAUAGAAGAGGAGUGGAGGAAAGUGCUACAACUUGCCCAAGAGCUCAAGAAGAAGGUCAAGCAUGAGGAAUCUCUCUACAGAUUGUUACAAUCCUUCUGUGAUCAGGGUGAGGACACUCGAUCCUGGAUUGGACAGCUCAGAGAGACCCUGGAUUCCCUUCAUGUGACAUCUUCCAUUCAAGAGAGGCUAAAUGGAGUUGAGGCAGUACUAGCUCAUAGAUCUGAGGGGGACUGUAAACUUGCUGACUUAAAGGCGAAGGGAGAGACUCUAUUUUCCUAUGAAGAUCUAGAAGAGGACAAAUUUCAGACAAUCCAACAGACAUUACAAGAUGUACAGCGAGAGUGGACAGGAGUUUUGAUGGAUGCUCAAGAGCAAAACCAAGCAGAAUUUGAGGAUGCUCUUUCUAAGGAUCUUCGGGAUCUUCAGGAACAGGAGGAGAACACUCAAUCUUGGAUCAAAGAGCAGCAUCAGAAGAUCGAAUUGCUGGGUGAAGAUACUCAGUUACAAGAGAGAAUGAAUGGAGCUCAGGCCAUUCUGAACUCAGAAUCAGAGGGAGAUUACAAGCUUGCCACCCUGAGGAGGAAAGCAGAGGGUCUGUGCUCCCGAGAAGGCCUGGAGGAGAAGAGAAAACAGGAAAUCCAACUGAAAAUAAAAUCCAUUGAAGAUGAAUUGAAGAAGGUCCUGGCUAGAGCUCAGGAACUAAAGAACCAGGCUGAGCUCCAGGAUUCUCUUGCAAGGGAGCUUCAGAAUGUAUAUACCCAGGAGGAGAUCACCCGGUCCUGGGUGAAGAGCCAGAAAGAUGGCCUGGACUCACUGGGGAAAAGCACUCAUGGUACAAAGGACCAGAUUGAGGAGAGACUAAGCAAAGCACAAGCAAUUCUAAGUCUUCACUCUGAGGGCAACUCUAAGAUUGCAGCCCUGAAAAGGUCAGUAGACCAUCUAUAUACCCGUGAAGAUCUUGAUGAAGACACAAGACAUUCUCUCAUUGAGAAAAUGAAAAAUGUAGAGGAGGAAUGGAAGGCAACACUGCAGCAAGCACAGGAUCUGCAUAGUCUGCUGAAAAGUGUAGUGGAACGCCUGGUGUCCUGUCAGUGUCAGAAGGAGCAGCUUCAGUCUCGUCUGGAGCAAGUGAAACAGCAGACAGCUGCAUUGCCACGCCACUUCCCUUGGCCGGGUUUAGGGGAUCGAAGGCACACAGUGGAGCAGGCCAAGAGUUUGCUAGACCGUACCAGAGCCCUGACCCCAUCUCUGUCUGCUGUCCGAGCGCUCGGGAGGGAGAUGAGCCAGCUGACCCGUGAUUCCAGCUGGAUCGAUCCAUCCUGGGCCACCAUGGAGGAGUGCAUACCUGAGUUGAUCAAAGAAAUUACAGAGUUUUGUGUAAAUCUUGAAGAGGAAAUCCGGAGAGAGCGAGUUUGUGCUCAGCUAGUUGAGCAGCACACCGUAGCUCAGGAUUGGCUGAGAGAGCAGGUCAAAAGUUUCGGUGCCCUGCCCACUGACCGGCAUGAGUUACAAGGCUCUAUUAACACUCUUAAGGCACUUCUUCAGACCGUAGACAGGGAGAAGAGAGAAAUGAAAGAACUGGAUGCAGUUAAAGAUUCUCUGAUGCACCUUUGCACUCCAGGAGGUUGUGAUACACUGACCUUAGAGGUCAGCCAUCUUCAUGACCUCUGCGUGUCCUCGGAAAAGGAGAUGAGGGAACGGUUAGCUGUGUGUGAGGCCAGAUUGAGUGAUAUUGACCUCAGGCUUGCUGGAAGGGCACAGAUUCUGAGGGAGCAGGCAGAGAGCCUCCUGGUUGAGCUCCGUACUCAGGACCACACUUUAGGAUUUCUAGUGGGUAGCCAGAAUAUCAGCCAGCUUCAGGAGAACUGGCAUAGCUUCAAGACAUGUGAGAGAGACCUUGAUGCUUUAGAGGGCAAAGUCUGUGAUCUUGGUCAGGCCCUCCGAAUGGUCCCGCCUGAUGAGGAACCUCCUAGUGAUGUCAUUUCCGUAGUGGACACAGUUACACAACAAUAUUGCAGUCUGCGAUCGAAACUGUCGGAAAGGCAGAAUGACUGUGCAGACAGCACUGUGCAGUGUGUGAGACAGGCCUUACAAAACAUACAGUCAUGGAACCAGAUGACACAUGCAAAUCCUCCCUGCAGCUCAGCCUCAUCCAUGCAGGCUGCAAUUGAGGAAGGUGCGAAACUGCGCAUAAGCCUGCAGGUGGCGCUGUCCCAUAAAGAACUGCUGAGGGACUGUUUAGGCCCUGAUUUGGCUGGCAAACUUGAAAGAGACGGACUGAAAACUCUAAAUGAGGCAGACACUCACAUUAAUGACCUAAAACAGGAUCUUAAGAAUCUUGAAGAGAAGGUGAAGCAGGAAGCUCAGAGGUUUUCACUAGAGGCUCAAAGCAUUCAGUUAGACUCACAGGUUUCCGCUGUGACACCAUCGACGAAGGAGUCUGAGCAGUUAGAAUUUGUUUCUACCUCAUCCUUUAUCUCUGAGAGCUGCAAAAUGAUGGAUAACAGUGAACAGGCUAAGGUACAGCCAUCUGAAAUCCCUGAAAGCAAGAUACCUCUAUGUGUAAUUUCAGAAACUACAACAAAAACAGAAGUUCAUUCUGUAAGAAAAUCACCACCAGUAUUAGAAACUGACACUGAACAGGCUGAUGUCAAAACAACUGUACCGUUAAUCACAGAGAUGUUACCUGAACCAGAAAUAAGAGUAUAUGAUUCUGCUGUUCCUACAAGCAGCCAUGGAACAAAAGAAGCUGAAAAUGAGAAUUUAAUUCCUGUUGCUUUGGAAACAAAGGCUGAUAAUGAUGUAAUUGCAGAGGACAAGAAGUCCACUUCCUCGUCUGAAAUUGUUUCUAUCUCAUCCUUCAUCAUUGAGAGCUGCGAAAUGAUCGAUAACAGUGAACAGGCUAAGGUGCAGCCAUCUGAAAUGCCUGAAAGCAAGAUACCUCUAUCUGUAAUUUUAGAAACUACAACAGAAACAGAGGUUCAUGCUGCAGGAAAAUCACCACCAAUAUUAGAAACUGACAAGGCUGAUAUCAAAACAACUGUACAUUUAACCACGGAGAUUAUACCUGAACCAGGCAUAAGAGUAUAUGAUUCUGCUGUUCCUACAAGCAUUCAUGGAGCUGCUGAAAAUGAAGCUGAAAAUAUGAAUUUAAUUUCUGUUGCUUUUGAAACAAAGACUGAUAAUGAUGAGAAUUCAGAUGAAAAGAAGUCCACUUUCUCAUCUGCAGCUCUCCACAGCUUGGAAACUACAGUGCAAGACACAGACUCUCAGUACUUUGGAAUUCCAAGUCUGAGCACAAAAGGACAAGAAAGCCAGUUGUCUGUUGAGGUUGUGAGCUCUUUUGCAGAUAGAGUGGAGAGUGUGAACACUGAAGCAAUGACUGCAGAAUCAGAUAAAGAGGAAGAGGGCUCAUAUAUUCCACAUUUUCAAGAGGAACCUGGUAAAGAAGGUGAAGCACAAACAAAAAGGGUUGCUGCACUCAUUUUAGAUGUGGAUACUGUGCACAUAGAGAGUGCAGACACAGACAGUACAGUGAGGACAGCCUCUCCUAGUGCUAUUGCAAAUGAGAAGACAUUGUGUCAAACAAUGGAAAAACAAGAUGAUGGAACUUUGGCCUCUCCAGAAGCUGAAAUUUCUGACAUAGCAAAAGAAGCAAUCGGUAUUCAGUCUUUUCUCAAUGAGGCAGGUAUGGUGAGUGUAUCAGAAAUUAGUUCAGCAAUAGAACCAGAACAGCUAACCGAUAUAGACACUAACAGACAAGUGCAAACAACCGCAGCUCCACUUGCUGGAACACAAGGUAGUGGAGAUGCUGCUUCAAGAAGUAUUGGAACACUUUCUUGGAACAAUGGACCAAAUUCUGCAAUUGCUGACAGAGAGGGCAACUGGACUACAAAUAAUGGCCCUCGUGAAAUCCAACGGCGAUAUAUUAUUCUAGACUUCCCUGAGGGGGAGGAGAUGCAGAGACGUCAUGCUCAUGAAGCUACUCCUUUAAGGGAACCUACUGAGACACAGAUUCAGGGAUCAGAAUGUUCAGCAUCAGAAAGAAUGGAGACAGAAGAUGAGGCAAAAUCUGCUGAAACAGAAACGGAGGUUCUAGCCAACACAAACAGACCAUUGGACGCAUCAGAGCAAUCUGAACCGGUUGAAGUAAACCAAAAACUACCACCAAGGCAGGUUGGAGAAGUCAUGGAUGUCAUUGUAGAAGAAGAGACAAAGAAGACCUUGUCAGGUGAUAAAGCACAAUUCAUAGAAGUUGAUCCUACACCUCCAAUCCAAACAGACAAGAUGAAUGUCUCAACACUAGAGGAGAAACCUGAAGGGGAAGAGGCCAUGGACGUCAUUUUGAGAGAAGAGACAAAGACCCCAUCAGGUGGUGAAGCACGAUCCACAGAAAUCGAACCUAAUCUGACACCUCCAAUCAAGCAACGGAAUGACUGGGACACUGAGGUACAAUCCGAAAGAAUGAAUGUCUCAAUGACAUCAGAGGAGAAACCUGAAGUUGGAGAGGCUGCAGAUGUCAUUGUAGAAGAAGAGACAAACAAGAUCCCAUCAGGUGAUAAACCACAAUUCAUGGAGUCUGAACCUAAACUGAUGCCACCAGUCAGGGGAAGAAAUAUCCAGUCAAACAAGGUAAAUAUCUCAACACAAAUGGAGAAAAGUGAAGGUGAAGAGACCAUGGAAGUCAUUGCAGAAGAAGAGGCAAAGACGACCUCAUCAAGUGAUAAAGCACAAUCAAUAGAAGCUGAACCUAAACUGACACCUUCAAUCAAGCAGCAGAAUGACCAGGAAACUGAGGUCCAGUCAAAAAAGGUGGAUGUCUCACCAGAGGAGAAAACUCAAGGUGGAGAUGCCAUGCAUAUCAUUAAUAAAGAAGAGACAAAUAAGACAGGUAAAAAAGCACAUUCUAUAGAAGCCGAACCUAAACCAACACCUCCAGUCAGGCGAAGAAAUGAGAAGAAGAUUGAUAUCCAAUCAAACAAGGUGAAUAUCUUAACAACAUCAGAGGAGAAACCUGAAGGUGUAGAGGCCAUUGAUGUCAUUGUGGAAGAAGAGAUACAGAUGGCUCCAACAGAUGAUAAAGUACAAUCCCUAGAAACAGAACCUAAACCGACGCCACCAGUCAGGCGAAAAAAUGAGAGUGAAACUUAUGUCCAAUCAAACAAGGUAAAAGUGUCAACAACAGCAGAGAAGAAACUUGACGGUGGGGACACCAUGCAUAUAACUGAGGAGGAAGUGACAAAGAAGGUCACCUCUGUUGAUGAAGCACAAUCCAUAGAAUUUGAGCCUAAACCAACACCACCAGUCAGAAAACGGAAUGAGGGUGAAACUGAGGUCAAGUUUGAUAUGAUGGAUGUCACACCAACACCUCCCACCAGACGACAUAAAGGUGACAAUUUAUCUUCAAACCUUGAAUCACAGAUAGAGGGAGAAGUACUUCCCACUCCACCAAGCAGAAGACGUAAAGAGAGAAUGGAAAGUGAGAGGUUUUCACUUGAUUUUGAGUCCCAACCCACACCACCAGCAAGACGACGUAAAGAGAAGGAAGAUAGAAGAUUAUCGCUUGAUCUGGAGACCCAACCCACACCACCAGCAAGACGACGUAAAGAGAAGGAAGAUAAAGGAUUGUCACUUGAUCUGGAGACCCAACCCACACCACCAGCAAGACGACGCAAAGAGGAAGAAGAUCAAAGACUGUCCCUUCAUUUGGAGACUCAACCAACACCACCAGCAAGACGACGCAAAGAGGAAGAAGAUCAAAGACUGUCCCUUCAUUUGGAGACUCAACCAACACCACCAGCAAGACGACGUAAAGAGAAAGGAGAAGGUCAAAGAUUAUCAGUGGAUCUGGAGACUCAACCCACUCCACCAUUAAGAAGAUGUAAGGAUAAACCAGAGAGUGAAACAUUAUUUUACAGUGCUGAAUUAGGAAAAAGUGAUGAUGGACAAACCAGUGAACAUAAAGACAGCAAAGAGCCCACUGUUAAACCAACUCCACCUGUCAGACGCAAAAUUAGUAGAGUAGAAAGUGAUGUGACAAUGGCAAAACUUACACCACCAACAAGAAGGAAAGAUAGUAAGGUCGAAAAAGAGAUAGAGGCAGGUUCUUUUAAAUUGAAAGAAGAGAUGAGCAUAAUUAAACCAACUCCACCUCUGAGGCGAAAAGACAGCCAAGCAGAGACUGAGAUAGUUUCCACCACUCCUGUCCUACCAACUCCACCAAGCAGGCGAAAGAAAGAUCAAAUAGAAGUUGACAGCAUUCCAUUAAUGCCGGAAGAGCCACAGGUGAUACCAACUCCAACAACCAGCCACAAAGAAAGUUCAGGGAAUGAAAAGGUUUGUGCAAAACUGGAAGUGGAAGCUGAUGUUGAACCAAUAACUAAACAGGAAGAUAAAGAGGUGUGUGACACAAAGCCAUUGAUUGGUCGUGAGCAGCAAGAGGAGGGGCAGGACUCUGAUAUCUUGGUCCCAGAAACCAUAAGUGUAGUCAGUCAAACAGAGAGCAUCACUGACAUUCAGCCACAGAAUCAAGAUGUGGAUGUUUCUCCACAAGUUGGUCCCACCACUGAAAUCUCUGAGAGUCUAGAAGAGGAAGAGGAAGAACCAAAGGGACCCACAAUGAAGGAUUUCAUGGAGAUCAAAAAUAUGACUGAAAAAAGACCAAAAAGUGUACUCAUGGAGGGUGUACCACAUGAAAGUACAGAGAAACUUCUUGACACAUCCAGCACUGAUCUUGAAGCUCAGUUAAAAAGACUAGUGUUCCAUUUACUGGACCUUCGAACUUGCCCAGCUGCUCUGAACACUGCAGACAUGGCCAAACAACUAGAGGAGGCUGAGGAAUGUAGAAGGUGUGCCCAGAGACAGGUAUCUAUGAUGUCUAGGCAAGACCAGGCUAAUGGAGACAUUGGCACUCUCACUAAUGGCACAGUUCAUGAGGGCAUGCAACAGCUAAGCGCCCAAUGGAGUGCAGUUUUGUGGGAUGCAGCAAGCUCUGUUCACUCCAAGGAAGUACAACUACAGAUGGUUACAGAUUUUAACAAUCAGACCCAGAAAGUCAAAGCUACUCUGGAGAGACUCAAAACUGAGCGUGAGGCGCUAAGAAUAUCUCCAGCUGUGAGCAGUUUUGCUGAGGAGGAGAGGCUGCGCUCUUUCUUGAGAAACAUGGAGCAGGAAAGGACAGCUCUCGGUGAGCUAAUUCAAACUUGUGCAAAACUGUCCCCCCACCUCAGUCUCCCUGAGAGACAAGCAGUGGAAAUACAGCAAAACAACUUGCAAAGCCAGUGGAGGGCCCUGGAGAAUGAUGCAGAGAUUGCUCUUUACAUGGUUAAUGCUUAUGCUAAAGAAAGUGGCAGCCUUCUUCAAGAGGUUGGAGCCUUAAAAGACCAUCUCGAGAACAUUCAGAAAACCUUGGAUGCAUCGAAAUCCUCACCAGUUUCAUGGGAUGGCAAGAGAGCUCAAGAAUUUAUGAAUAUAAAUGCUGAUCUCACUUCCACCCAUCAGCAGUACCUCUACCUUCAGCAGACAUCUGAGGCACUUGCACAAGAAUUCCAAUUCAAGGCAGAGACAUCCAGCAUAGAGCAGGACCUUCAGUGUAUCAAAGAUCAGCUGGAUCAAAUGGGCGAACAGUUAGCAGCUGCAACCCCCAGCAGCAGCAACCCAACUUUAAGUAAAAUUGUAAAAGUAAUGACAGAUGCUCUAGCUUGGGCCAAGCAGACAGAAUUUGAUAUCAAAGGACGACAGAAAAAGGUGUCUCUGCUUCCAGAAGAGGUCCAUCGACAGAUUAAAGAUUUAAAGAAAUUGCAGUCAGAGAUGAGCUCCAAGCAAAGCCAGUUGAAGUCUUUGGUUGAGGAAGUCAAUGAGCUGAUUCAUGACCUAGAUGAAGCUGAUGUUUCAAUGGUGACUUCAUCCUUGAAGGCCCUAGAGGAUUUGUCCAAAUCAACGGCAGGAAAACUGGCCAAGGCAGUUCACGAGAUGGAGUCAGGGCUUCAAACCCGAGAGAAGAUGUCAGAGCAGAUAGCAGAUGUUGAUUCCUGGGUGGUUGGACAUCUCCAGAGAGAAGCUUUGAGGAGAGAGGAUUAUCAAAGUUUGAGUCCGGCAGACCUGGAUCGCAGGUUGAGGCAGAUACAGGACACUCUUGGAGAGGCAGAAAAGCAGUCCGCUGUCACGGAAGCCCUUCUGAUGAAAAGCAGAGACAUUGCAUCAGAGCUAAGUGUCUCAGAGAGUACUCAGCUCAAUGGGAAACUCACCAACCUUCAAGAGGACAUAAAAGGUAUUGUUGUCUAUGAGAAGGCAUGUUGCCAGAAAGUUAUGGAUGUCAUACAGAGCCAAGAAUCCUCUCAGAGGAAGGUAUCAUCUCUUGAGAACAGCCUGAGACAAAUGUUAGUUGAUUUAAAAAGACACAGGUUUCCAAUUACCAAGGAUACCCUCUCUGUUAUCGAACCCUUUAAACAGAUGAUUGUGGAGCGCAAAUCUCAGGUUGAACAAGUCAGUCCCUGUGCAGAGGACAAGAGAAGAGAGCUAUUAUGUGUUAUCACUGAACUGCACCACAAAAUGAUCGAUUUGGAUCUCAAAGCACAAGCUCAUGAAAGGUACUUGAGCCUCAGUCAGAGCAUUGAAAAACUAAAGGAAGAAAUGGAGGCACAGAUUCCAAGGACCAAAGAUGAGAGCAUCAACAAAGAGGAACGCUAAGCCUGUCAAAACAUACUGAUCCAAAUCCCUUUAAUAAAACUCUUGUGUGAGGAAACAAGAGUUGAACUCCAGGAAAUCAUAGCAGAUCUUUAUCCAUCUCAGAUCUGUGCUGAACAAACAAGACUCAGUCAAAUUUUGGAGAGUCUCAACACCUCAGAAUUGACAGUGAACAAUAAUCUUCAGAUACUGGAAUGGGAUCUGCUGAAACAUAUUCACUACCCAUCAGAAAAGAGAGUACUUAAGCAGUUCCUCAAAGACACCAAUGAGGAGCUAGAAAAGUCUUGUAAUAUUGAACCAAAAGAAGCAGUCAUUGAAAAGCAACUAAGAAAGUACCUUGUGCUCAGAAAGACUGUAGAAUCUAGAAUGCGAGUGCUUGCGUUUCUUGAAAAAAAGAUUGGGGCUCAACCUCCACAGGACUCCAAACAGCUUACUUGCUUGAAGGAUAUGGUUUUGGAAAGGUGUGACCAACAAAUGAUGAGUUUAACUAAAGCCAAAGAACUGUUGAGGAACUACACCAAGGCAGUGAACAAUACCAUUUGGUUCCUGCAAAGAGCUGCAUUGGUCCUUCUACCCUCAAUGUGCUCUGCUAGAAGCUGCUCAGAAAGACUCAAAGACACUCAGCAGACUUUAUUGACACUAGACACAGAAUUCCAGUCACAUAUUUCACAGCUCCAAACUCAAACCCCACAGCAUCCCUGCUUCAAUCCACAGCAAACUGAAUUUCUACACAUAGAGGUUCUUGGAGGGCUCCUGGUCAGGCUAUCGACCCUCAAGGCCCAGGCCCAAAUACAACUAGAAUCUCUGAAGAGGUGUGUUGAGUGCCAGAAACAUUCACGUAAAUGCUAUGAGGAGCUUUGCCAGCAAGUGAGAGACUCGGAAACAUUGCUAUCACAAUGUGCUUCCAAAAAAAUUACCUCACACAAAGACUGCAAAGACCAGCAACUGAAACUCAAGGCUCUGGUGGAAGAGAUUGCCAUGCUUCUUGGAAAACUGGAGAAUCUGAGGGAGUGGUGUUUAUUGUAUGGAUGCAGAGCCAACAGGGAGGAUGCAGUGAAUGACGUCUGGGUGCAGGUGGCAAGAUUGCAGCGCUGUGCCAAUGAUCUGCAGACACGCUCAGAACAAAUGGAAGCAGAGUGGAGCAGUGUCACAAGGAGUGUGGAGCAGGCAGCCAGUGUGUUGGAGCAGAUGGAUGCGGAACUUCCAGACAGCAGCAGAAAGAAUCUGACUGGUGACGAGCUGCAGGAACUGCUGCUAUUCUGUUCCCAGUACCAGGACAGACUGGACUGCGAACACAGAGCUCUCUCUGCGUUGGAAUUAAGAGUUGCGAGGUUGCUUGGUGUUCCCCCCCACCUGGAACAGGCCCCGCCCAUCGAGCUGUGCCAAAAGCUUCAAGCCCUGCAGGAGCGUUACCAUAGUCUGAAGGAGCGGAGCACUCAGGGUCAGAGGGCAGUAAGAACAGAGGUGGAGGAAAGGGGACGAGUGCAGGAGCAGCUGGAGGGAGUCAGAGAAUGGCUGGAAUCUGCCAUCUCUCUCCUCUCUGUACUGGAGCACGAACCCAGCAAGAAACAGCUACAGGAGGUUCACUCACAGCUGUGUACCCAAAAGGCCAUUCUGCAGCGUAUUUCAGAAAGCUUGAAGAUGAUGUACUCUGACAAAAACACACCGAUUCCUGAAGAGAUAGAGGGACUGUUACAGGAAGUCUCACAGUCAUUACAGGAAGUGGAGGAGCAGGUGAAGACAGCUGUGGAGAAAAGUGGCCCACUUCACAGGCUGGGUGCUAAAAUCUCAGAGAUUAAAGCAGGUCUGGGAUCAGUUCAGAGCUGGUUAGAGCAGAAGAGCCUGAACUUCAGUGAAGCUGAGAGCACACAGAAGCGAGUCUGGGACGAGCUGGAUAAUUUACACACACGUCUGACGGCAGUCGAGGUUGAGCUACAGGACGUGAGUGAAAUGCAUCCAGACGAGACCCGUCUGAUUCUGGACAACCUGGCCAACACUCAGCAGACCCACACACGCCUCAACAAACAGGCUGAACAGAGAACCACCUUCCUCAGCAAGGUCCGUGACUGGCUGCAGGAGCAUGAAGAGAUGGUGAAGGGGUCACAGAGCUGGAUCUCCGAGGCUCAGUCCUGGCUUACGACACCCUGCACAUACACCACUGCCAGAUGCCUUGACAGUCAUGUGAGCGCACUGCAGAUGGUUCUGGAUGAUUCUGCUCAGAUGAGACGGACUCUACAGGGUUUCAGCAGUGUGCUGGCAGAGAUGGGGAGUGUGUUUGAUGUCAGUCCAUUAGAGGAGCAGCUCUCAAAUGCUGAUCGACGUGUGGCAGACAUGCAGCACAGUCUGCUGGGACCCCUCUCUCAGCUGGAGCAUGCAGCAGCAGAAGUGGAUGCCAUUGAAUCAGAGGUGAAGGUCAUGGAGAAAGAUGUAGCCAAAAUUAAAUCUACUCUGACUACCAAAGAAGACAUCAGCCAAGACAAUCUUAAAGCAACAGAAGACAGGAUUGACCUGAUGAAAAGGACAGUAGCUGAGAUCCAGAACUGUAAGGAUGGACUGUGUCUUCCUGACAAAGCUGAAAACACACUCCUAGUGUUUAAAAGAGCAGAACUACUACAGAAACAGCUGCUGGAACUAGAGCAGCUGGCUCUAGAAUACUCAAUUGAGGUGCAGGAUAUAUCUGCUCCGCCCCUCAGUGCCCCGCCCCUCGGUGUUCCACCCACUAUCACUGAGGAAGAGACACAGGAGAGCGGUCAGAUUCAGAUUGCGCACGUAGAGGAGGAUGUGUUGAGAAAAUCAGGAGCAACGCUAAUGACGGUGGAGCAAUCCACGCCGGAGCAAAGACUCACCUGGAUCUGUGAGAGGAGCAGCCACACCCCCACAGAAACACAGCAGGAGUCUGAGGAAGAGGAGGAGCUCUUUGAGGAUGUAGGAGAUUGGGAAGAAGAGGCUUCUGAUGAUAAAAAAGAAGAAUACGAAGUUCACAUAGAAAAUGAGGAUGAGGAGGCAAGACGAAUGUCGCCCACCUCUCUGAAUGCUGAGGCUUCCUCCUGCGUGACCAUGGAGGACUCUGUUUCUGGAGAUGAUGUUUCCUCUACAAAACCAAUUUUGGAGCAAGCAGAAGCAACAGACUCUAAGGUAGAAACAGAUACAUCUGUGGCCUCGGGAACAGGUGUGUCAGAAGCUUUAUCUGAAGCGGACGCCAUAGUGGAAAGCCAGUCUCUCCCUGCAGACAUGGAGCAGGGUGCAUGGAGGGGGGAACAGACGCCACACACCAGUGACACACUCACACUCAUGACCCUCUCAGAAAACACACACAAGUCACUAGUCCCUCCCACAGAAACAGAAACAGACAUGUUGACCUCACCUAAUGUCAUGACCUCUGGUGAAGGGGUGGGCGGGGCCUUAGAAAAACUUGUGGGAGUCUUAGAAACGUAUUCCACACCCAGUCAACAGACCCAUUUAGAUGAGACCCCCUAUGUGCUUCAGAGCCUGGGCUCCACAAAUACACCAGAGCACCAUACACACACUCCGUCAGAUGUAGUAGACCACAGUUUAGACAACAGAAGCACUCACGACACACACACACUGAUCACAGUCAAACCCCACCUGGAGAAGACAGAGCCGUUGGCUGCAAGCACAUCUUUGGCCGCAGGUGAAGCCAGGGACUCGGGUGGAUGGGUGUCCAGUGACGGGCUGCUCCAUGCCUGCCGUGAGAAGGCCGAGCAGCUGGAGGCGUGUCUGGAGAGAGCACAGGUCAGCCUGGAGGGGUCGAGACAGCAAGCACAGGACGUAGCUAUGCAGGACAGCAUUGAGCAACAACUUCACACCUGCCAGACAAUUCUGGUGGAGAUUGAGCAGAGGAUCUCCAGUCUUCCUGCAUGUGAACUGAAAGAACAGGAGCAACACGAGGCUGAAUUGCUCAACAUCAAACUCCAGCUGCUGAAGAACAGACUGGUGACUGUGCAGUUACAGCUGCAAGACAGACAGAGUGAAGAUCAGGUGUGUGUUGAGAGUCAGCGCCCCCUGCAGGCCAGGUUGACUCGCAGCAAUAGUGUGCAAGAGAUGUUGAGUUCCUCCAGAACUAAACUGUUCAGACAGAGCAGCCUUCAACAACAAAGGGAAUUGGAGCAUGGUUUGAAUGAACAGCGGGAUCUAACUAAAGCUAUUGCAAUUCAGUGCAGCAGAGCCCGAACACACAACCAGAGCACAGACGAAUAUACAGGGCCUUCGACAGCAAAAGAGAAUGAAGACAAGAGACAGGAAUUAGAAUUAGCAGUCCACAGGAAGUGGACACACCUCUGCAGCAAACUGACCAAGACAGCAGAGAGUGAACAAGAUGGAGAUAAAGAUCAGGAUCCUUCUGAGAUCCUUGCUCCAUCUGUGUGUUUGUGGAGUGGAGCUGCUGUUUCUCUUUGUCUGCAGGAGAUUCAAACCAACAUCUCACAGCUUAAAGAACUGCAAAACUCAUCAGUUACACAGGACCAUCAGUCUCUGGAUGAAGGUCUGUUUGAAGUGUUGAGUGGGGUGAAUCUCACACUUGGCUCUCUCACACACACUCUUGUGUUUCAGCCAGCAACCUCACACACUGACAGACUAAACCAGCUGCAGCAGCUACAGAAUUUAUCUGCAGAGCUAAACUCCUUGGGUGCCAUAUUGACCUCCCAGGAGUCAGAGGUCAUAAAUUUGUUAGGUUCGGGUUCAGAGGUAUCCUCCACCUGUUUUGACCUGCUGACGCAGCGUGUAUGUGACAUUCAAAAGACUCUGGCGGAAAAACAGGAGCAGCUACAGGAGCGAAUAAAACACUCGACUCAGCUGCAGAAGAGAGUGAAAGACCUGCAUGACUCUGUACUAACUAACACGUCGAUCCUUCUCCCUACAACUAACGGAGAAACCCACCAUGACCUUCACACACAGCUGCAGGCCAUCACUGGGCAGAAACAGGAAGUGGAGCAGAGUGAGAGAGAGCUGGCAGAAGUCAGAGACAAGACAGAGAGUCAGGAUCAGCCCUCAUCCAUCACACAGCAGAUCAGCACACUGGAGGCGGUUUUGGACAGUGUUUGGAGUGAUCUAGAGCAGCGCUGUGGAGCUGUUCAAUGGAGUCUCGAUCAGCAGCAGAUGUUUGAAAAAAUACUGAAGGGUCUGCAGAUGCUCCUGAAUCUUGGGAGAGAGAAACUCGCCUGUGCCUCUCAGCUGGAGUUCAGGAAUCCAGCACUCCAGACACACCUCAGCACACACACGGUGUUUUUCCGGUCUCUGGCUGCCCACCUGCGAACACUGCAGCAACUGAGUGUGCGGAUCCCAGACAGCGCCUCCUCUGGCUGGGAGACUGAAGUGUCUGAGGUGGAACGUCAAGUGUCCAGUGUCGUGCAGCAGGCUCAGGCUGUUGGCACAGUACUACACUCUGCACUGCAGGUUUGCACUCACUGGGAUGAAAAUCAUUCCUGGUUAGAAACACUGCUGCAGAAGUUAGAGGCUCAACUUCCCAUAACUCCUCUGUGGGACCAAACUGAGGGGAAGCUCAGUGAGAGUAUUUCUGUGUAUCAGAGUGUGUUGGCAGUUCUGGAGCAGAACAGAGCUCGUAUCAGUCUGGUUCUGGAUGAGGGCCGGAGACAGCAGGAGCAGAUGUCUAGUAGUGAAGUGGGUGUACACAUAUUGGGUGUGUCUACAGCAAGGCUGGAACAGCGAUUGGCUGCACUUAAGAGGAGGGUGGAGCAUGGACUAGACUCCACCCACCAUCUUAAGAAGCUUUGGAACAGGUACCAUAGUGAUUUUGAGGCUUUUAAUGAGUGGAAAGAACCAGCAAGAGAACGCCUGCAUACAUGGAAAGAUCACAUGAACGCAGCUGAUCAGGAAGUGGACACCCUCUCCCAGUUUCAUCAUUUCAUAGAGUUCAAUAAGGAGCUAGAGGUGAAAUCUGCUCUAAAGGCAUCAGUGAUCAGCUCUGGAUCUUUGAUCCUGUUGCUCAGUGAAAGAGAGCAUAUCAUUAAAACACAGAAGAUCAGCAGAAGCUCUGGUGCUCCAAGAACAUCCACUCCCUCUGGAAAUACAACAAUCCCUGAAGACCCGGAGCCGAGUGAAACUAGCAAUCUCAACCCUGAAGACUCCUCAUCUGUAGAUGUCAUCUUUCCAUCAGAGACCAAUGUUUCCUCUAUUCAAAACAUCUCCUCUGAAGAAACUCUUUCAACCACAGAGAGAUCAGAUGCAAACAUCACAAAUGAAGGUGUUAUCUCUGAGGAACCAAUGUCAUCUGCACUUGAUUUGUCUGUAAAACAAGAAAUGGUUCUGUCCCCGGUUCUUCUGGCUCUACAGUCUCAGCUGUCUCAGGUGGAGCAAGACUGGAUGGAGAUACAGACACACAUACCCACCGUCCAACAGAGAUUGCACCAGAGUAUGAUGGAGAGCCUGUCUCCUGAAGGACUGCUGGCUGAUGUGCGUGACUGGAUUACAGGUGCUGAGAGCAGGUUACAGGCAGCUGAACGAGAGGGUCACAACACCUGUACUGCCGCCGAGCUCACACACCUGCUCAGAACAUAUCAGGGCAUGAAGAGAGAGAUGGCAUGUCAGCAGAUGUCUGCUGACUUUAUUAAUCAGUGUGAGCUGAAGCAGGUCGGUUUUGACUCUCACACCAGCAGGUACAAACACACUGCAUUCGCUGAAAGCCUGGGACACGUCAGUCUGCGCUGGCUUACUCUACAGGCUCACCUGAACAUACAGAUUCGACAUGUUGAAGAACAGGUGAGGAUAAGUGCAGAGCGAGAUAACAAACUACACCUCCUGCAGCGCUGGGUCAAACGUCAAAAACAAUGGAUGCGAUUGGCUGAAAGACCCACCAGUCGCUCGUUUGCUGAGAGGAGCCUGAAGGAAUGUGAAGAAUUGGAGGAAAAGUUGAAGGCCAAAUUCACUGAACUUACUGAGUUGGGAAAGAGGAGACUUGAUGAAGAGGACAGGGAUAAAGACUUCCUCUCAAAAGCACAAAAUCUCUCACAAUCUUUGACAGAACUCUCUCAACAGAGUAAAGUCCUUGGAAAUGCCAUGAGGGAGCUGUGUAAGGUGUGGUCUCAGUUUGAAAGUGGGAGGAGCCAGGCAAUUGUAAACACAAUAAGGAUCUGCCAAUCACUAGAGUAUUACCACGCCCCUCUGCUCUCCCUCUCCACCCUCCAGAACAACAUCGAUAAGCUACAGGUCUUAAAAGCUGAGACUGAGGAGUGUGACAGGCAGUGGGAGGAUCUUAACAAGACAACAUCAAUCCUUACUGUUGGAAUUAGCACAGACUCUGCCCAGAUUUUAUCUGAGCACCUAGACAAAGAAAAAGCAAGGUGGUCAGAGGUGAAGGAAAAGGUCAUACACACCUUGAAGAGUUCGCACAGUCUUCUGAAGGUGUGGCAGAGAUACUCUGAUGUGCGAUGCACCUGCUCAGAGCAGCUCCGACGUCACAGAGAACAGCUUACCAUGCUCAACAAAACACCCGCUGACAAUAAACAACUCGCACACAGCAUCGCAGAGCUGAAGACUAUGUUACAGAAAGGUUCAGAGACUCAGCAGACUGAUUUGAAUGAAAUGCUUGAAGCGUCUAAAGACCUGAUUGAACAGGUGGAUGAUGAAGAUGCUGUUUUCAUCAGAUCAGAAUGUCGUUUGUUAACACGAGGUUACCUGCAGUUAGAACAGACUGUGAAAGGACGAAUUGAACACAUGCAGGAGGAUCUUGAGCAAUUUCAGGAAUUUGAAAGGUUAUACCAGUCCCUCGAAACACAAUUACAACAGUGGGAAAGCAAGCAAAGGAUGGACAGCGAACACACAGAUAUAUCUCAGUCGGGUCUGAUGGAGAUCAGUUCUCUCUCUCCUGAUCUGGAUCUACUAAACACACUCAGCUACAGGCUGACUCUCAGUGACUCUGUGACACAGAAGCUACAGCACCUUAACAGGAAGUGGGCACAGGCCUCCGCACAUGCUCAGGAGAAGUGCAGUGAGUUGCAGGCAGCCUCUCUCCAUCAGCAGAGCUUUGAGCAGAGAUGUGAGAGCUGGCUGGCUUUCCUACAGCGCAUGGAGGACAGAUUAGCUGUAGAAAUUGCAUCAACAUACCCUGGACUAAGAGAACAGCAACGCACGCACCAGUGUUUUCAGGCUGAGUUGUCUUUAGGCCAUCAGAUCCUUCACUCUGUGAUCAGCGAAUCUCUCCUCCUGUUGCAGAAGGGAGAUGUAGAGGACAGGAGCGACUUCCUGUUAAAACUGGCACAGCUGAGAGAGCACUGGCAGGGGGCGGUGCAGAGAGCAGCUCAACGGCGCGCUCUAGUGGAAGGGCUCAUACAGCACUGGCACCUUUAUACACACACAAUGCAGAAACUCCGCAAACUUCUCACACUCACACACACACUCCUGUCGCCCACCGGUCCCACACACUGUAGUGUCCUGCAGCUGCGCCUCUUGCUGGAUGAUCUGAAGCGAACAGAGCUGUUGUUUCAUAGGUCAAUCUCUGCGUAUCUGUGUGUGAUGGAGGUAGGCAGGCAGCUGUUUUCGGUGAGUGACACACAGACGCAGAUGCAGCUGCAGACAGACCUGGCAGCUCUGCAGGAGGACUGGGAGCAGUGCCAGUGCAUGCUGGGAAAGAGAAAGACCCUCACAUCUGACAUCAUAAAGAAGUGGGAGACCUGUGAGACCAGACUAGCUGAUCAGGCCCAGCGCCUAGAGGAACUACGAGCCAGACUAAAGCAGUCAAUCCCAGAUCAGCAGGAGGAGAUGGAAGAAGAACGUCUCCUUGUGAAGGAGGUUCAGGAUUGUUUAGAGGACUGGGCCGUCAGUCUUUCCGAGCUCAGCACCAUGAAGACGGACCUGUCCCAGUACAUCCUCACCGAUGACGUCCUCCUCCUGCAGGAGCAAGUGGAUCAUCUGCACUGCCAGUGGGAAGAACUCUGUCUCAAAGUGUCUCUUCGUAAGCAGGAGAUUGCUGACCGGUUGAAUGCCUGGAUCAUUUUCAAUGAGAAGAAUCGGGAGCUGUGUGAAUGGCUGACACAGAUGGAAAACAAGGUGGCGCACAGCGCCGAACUCAGCAUCGAGGAGAUGGUAGAGAAACUCAAGAAGGACUGCAUGGAGGAGAUCAACCUCUUCAGUGAGAAUAAGACACAUCUGAAACAGCUGGGAGAACAACUCAUCACUGCUAGCAACAAGACCAAAGAGACAGAAAUCAAUGACAAGAUCAAGGACAUCAACGACCGCUGGCAGCAUCUAUUUGAUCACAUUGAGGCCAGGGUGAGGAAACUGAAGGAGACAUUGGUAACAGUGCAACAGCUGGAUAAGAACAUGAGUAAUCUCCGUACCUGGCUUUCCCGAGUUGAGGGUGAGCUGGCCAAACCUAUCACCUACACCAUCUGCCACAGUGAUGAGAUACAGCGUAAACUAGCAGAGCAUCAGGACUUGCAGAAAGACAUUGAACAGCACACAGAGGGUGUGGCAUCUGUUCUGACCCUGUGUGAUGUUUUGCUCCAUGAUGCGGAUGCUUGUGGCAGCGAUGGAGAGAACGACUCCAUUCAGCAGACCACACUCAGCCUGGACCGCCGCUGGAGGAACAUAUGUGCCAUGUCCAUGGAAAGGAGGAUGAGGAUUGAGGAGACAUGGCGUCUGUGGUGCAAGUUCCUAGAUGACUAUGCACGCUUUGAAGAGUGGCUGAACACGGCAGAACGUACAGCUGCCAACCCCGCCACUAAAGAUGUACUCUACACCUGUGCUAAAGAGGAACUCAAAAAGUUUGAGGCAUUCCAGCGGCAGGUCCAUGAGCGCCUAACACAGCUGGAGCUGGUGAAUAAACAAUACCGACGCCUGGCACGAGAGAACCGGACAGACGGUGCCAGUAAGCUAAAGUUGAUGGUACAUGAGGGAAACCAGCGCUGGGAUAUGCUACAGAAGAGAGUUGCUGCUGUGCUCCGCAGGUUAAAGCAUUUCACAUCUCAGCGUGAAGACUUUGAAGGAACGAGGGAGGGGAUUCUGGUCUGGCUAACUGAGAUGGACCUUCAGCUCACUAAUGUGGAGCAUUUUUCAGAGAGCGAUAUUCAUGAAAAGAUGCGGCAACUAAAUGCAUUUCAGCAGGAGAUCACUCUAAACACAAAUAAGAUUGAUGCGCUGAUUGUGUUUGGAGAGAACCUGAUCCAGAAGAGCGCUCCGCUGGACGCUGUACUCAUCGAAGAUGAACUAGAGGAAUUGCACUCCUACUGCCAGGAAGUGUUUGGCAGGGUUGCCCGAUUCCAUUAUCGUCUUAUCAGCAGACGCCCGGUGCUUGAGGAGGACAGAGAGUUCUCGGACAGAGACACAGAUCCGGAGGACUCGGCUGAUUUCAGUGGGGUGUGGGAAAGGGAAAGGGAGGAAGAUGAGGCAGCUAUGGGCUCCGAUGUUUCGCUGACGGUACGUCAAGCCGUGUCCCACCUGUUACCACCUGCUCUGGAGCGCUCAGGGCGUGAGACGCCCGUCAGUGUGGAUUCUAUUCCGCUGGAGUGGGACCACACCGUCGAUGUGGGAGGAUCUUCAUCUCCAGAGGAUGAUGAGGAGUUGACAUACUACAGCGCCCUAUCAGAUGUAGAAGUCACUGAGAGCUCUCAGUCAUUUGUUAAAGUUACAUCUAAAGCUCUGAAAGCUGUGUCCGGGGGAAGGUCAGUGGUGGAGACGUGGCACUCUCCUGAUGCACCAGACAGGAAACGAGUGAACAGAGAGAUCAUACGCAGUCUCACAUCUUCACCCACUGACACCAGCACACAGUACCACCCACAGGCCUAUGAUAAACUCAUGUCUGAGUGUGCUGGCAGUAUAGACUGUAUAAAACGAGUGAAACUGAUUCUGAAUGAGGAAGAACAACUGGAGGAUCAUGGCCUGACGGUCCUCUCUGCAUCAGAUAAGACUGGUGUGAUCGAGCGAUGGGAGAUCCUGCAGGUGAUGUCGUGUAGCGUGCCGCAGGAUCUUCAGCAGUGGCACAGACUGAACUCUGACCUCACCAAUGUCAUGGCGUGGCUGAAUGCUGUGAUGCCUGAGCUAGAGAAACUUCAAACUCUAGAGCCAAAAAUCACCAUCAGAGACAUGGAGAGCAAUAUCCACAAACUAAAGGACAUGCAGAGGACUUUUAACGGCUACAAAACGGUGAUGAUUGGCAUUAAUCUUAGUGGGCGGGGCUUCCAGCAUGGAGACAGCACUGAACUACGAGAACUGCGUGAGAAUCUGCAGUUAGCCAAUCAGAAAUGGGCACAGGCCUGUGCGGCCCUGGACAGCUGGGAGCACCGACUGCAUCAAGCUCUCAUGGAGUGUCAGGAGUUUCAUGAGACUCUUCACUCUCUGCUGCUGUGGUUAGCUAAAGCAGAAAGCCAGCGCUACAUGGUCAACAUCCAUGACACAAACACAGACCUCAACAUCCUGCAAGAGCAUCAAGACACACUCAAGGCUGUUCAGCAGGACUUACAGUCUCGUGAGAGCGAGGUCAACUCCCUGCAGGAGAUCUCCUCACAGAUCCUACUACAGGACCAGGGAGAAGACACCCUGGAGGCCAAAGAGAAGGUUCACGUCAUCAGCAACAAGUUACGGCUGCUGAUCAGACAGAUCGCACACGACCUGCUCACACUGCAGAGCAGACUGGACUCAUCUGGUCCAAAUGUGGGCAGGACAGCAUCAACACAACACCAGGAAGCCGCAGGAGUUCAGGCUGUUACACGGGGAUCUCCCACGAGUGGCAGGACUGAUAAGGCUGAUUCGUCCCCAGCGAGGCCGUUCCUGUAUCGUGUCCUGCGAGCGGCUUUUCCCCUCCACAUCCUCUUCCUGCUGCUGCUGGUUGUGGCGUGUCUGGUGCCUCUCUCAGAGGACGACUACAGCUGCACUCUCUCCAACAACUUUGCCCGAUCCUUUUACCCCAUGCUCCUCUACACCAACGGACCGCCUCCCACAUGAGCACGAACACAUGUACCUGUCACUAACACGCGUCUCAGUAGAAUCAGUUGGGAUGUUGUCCAAGCUUCCCGGUUAACUGUCCUGUAGCAGAACCUGUAGCUCUGUUUGACGUGAGCCAAGUUUGGGCUUCAGUACUCAAUACAUUUCCCAGCAGCAGUCAAUACUUGUUCCUGAAUCUGUUGCUCAAGGAGAGGGAUUUUUCUGAAGCCAUCCAGAACCUGUCUUCAGGAGCCUUUCAUCAUGAUGUACAUUUGUUUCCUUGGAGAACACUUUGACGGAAAGGGUGCCUUGUUGAAGGUGCACUAUAAAUGGUUUCAAACUGUAUAGUAUGUAGCAGCACAUUGAAACACUUCUUCACACAAAUGUAUUUAUUUUUGAAAUGUAAAUGACAGAUAAUCGAACCUACUAUAGUUCACUCAUAGACUUUAAGUCGGCCUGUAUUUUUUAACUAGAAUCCCUGUUUGUAUGUCCGAGUGACGGGACUUGCUUGAAUAUCAGUUGUUUAUACAGUCUUGUUUCUAGGAGUCAAUGUGAAAUGACUUUCAAUGAUAAAUAUAUAUUUUAUUUGUAGCUGUUUUAACUGCCAUUUCUUUGGUUUAAGCCAUGGAGGAAAGACACAGAGGCAUCAGGGUGUGUGCAAAUGUAAGAGUCCUUUGCUUAAUUUAUUCAGUCUAAAGUUUGGUGGCUGUGUUGUUUUCAUUUAUGUGUGUGUGAAUAAUGUAAAACUACUGAAAUUAUUAAAUUAUAAUUGGUAAAUGAUCUCAUUGGAGAUAUAAAUUAUAUCUGGUUAUGUUCUUUAUUGUUCAUAGGUAGAAUUUCUCUGGCAGGAGACUCUAAUGUCCAGAUGUUCUUAGUUUUACUUUUUUGCUGGAUGGUUAAAAUGUCUCAUAGAAACACAUUUCAGAUGUAUCCACAUGAUUUUAUGUGGCUUUUAUUUUUAUUUAGCCACAUAGUGAAUGUCAGUUUUGAGGUAAUAAUAUGGUGAAAAGGCCAUUAGUCAAUCUUCUGCUCGUACUAACUGCCAAAGUGUCAGAGACUUCAUAUGGUUUAUAAUCCGUCAUGAUUUCUUUAAAUAAUGCUGUUUGUUUGAUGUUUUUAAUUGAAUUGUUAUAGUGGAUUACAUUAUGGUUCAACUGAAAUAGACUAUGAUAUAAAUAUUCAUUAAUCACAGAGAUACAUUUACUUUAUUAUGAAUUUAUUUUGCAGCAAACCUUGCACUGUCAGUGUCAAACACUGGUUGAAGAAAAUAUAAAGUUAGAUGAUGUUGGUGCUUUUUUGAGUUUGAAUUUUAUUCAGUUUUACUACAAAUAAACAUCAAGUACAAAUAUG